CGUCAGAGCCACGUAAACAUAAUGCGCAUUAGUUUCCAGUUAACCGCUAACACACCGUCCUAUUCCCUUUGCACAUGAUGCCCAUACCCUCAAACAGGGCUUCAGCAGGAAGACCAGAUCUAUAAGAUGUCGAUGGUUUUAUUUGCGUCAGUGGUCCGGGUCGGGGAUGGCCUACCACUCUCUGCGUCCACUGACUAUGAGCAAGAUAAAGUGCUGCAGGAAACAAAGAGGCACCUUAAAGGUCUUUCAAAAAAACUCAGCCAGUUUCCAGACCGUUGCACACUUAAGAAUGGACCUUUCAAUGUCAACUUCAUCAGCUCUCUGGGUGUUGGAUAUCUGAUGGUGUGCACUGGGAACUACCCCAAUGUUCUGGCCUUCUGCUUCCUAGACGAGCUGCAGAAGGAGUUCAUCGUCACCUAUGAUACCAAAAGAAUAAACAACGCUCUGCGUCCGUACUCCUUCAUUGAGUUUGACACGUUCAUCCAGAAGACCAAACAGCGGUACAACAGUCCCCGAUCCCUCUCCACUAAAAUCAACCUUGCUGACAUGCAGACAGAGAUCAGGCUGCGACCACCGUACGAGCUGUCCCCAGAGGACCUGCAGGCUGUCAACGGGUCCUUGUCACACACGUCCUCCAAGUACAAGGGCAUCGCUCCGACUCAGCUUUUGGAGCCAGUGACUUUGCCAGGCAUCAUCUCCUGCGUGCUCAGUGUCCUGUGCGGAGGGGUCAACCUGCUGAGAGGGGUCCACGCUAUCGAGAGCGUCUUGCAGAAUGAUGAUGAGGAUUUUAACUGUGUCAUUGCUUUCUUCCUCGGCACAGCAGCGUGUCUGUACCAGUGCUACCUGUUUGCCUACUUCUCUGUGUGGAGAAACAUCAAGUCCUUCCUGGCCUUUGCGCUCAUCUGCGUGUCCAACAUGUACCUGUAUGAGCUGAGGAACGUGUGGCAGAUCCUCUUCCAUGUGGCUGUGGGAGCGUUCAUGACCAUGCAGAUCAGACUGAGGACGCCGCUGGGAAAAGCUCCAGACUACAACGUAUGACCAACCUGAACUGCACAUGGACAAAAAGACUGGUUGCAAAUCUGCUACCCAAAGGUCAUGCCGCCUGAAGGUGGACGUAACUGGAUCGAUGAAGGGACACGACUGUGACGGACUAAUGUAGAGCAUGUUCUGGAUGGUGCUGGAGAAACUGCUGCAGAGAUGACAAGUGACCGGCCUUUUGCGAUGCUGAAAUAGAUAGAAAUAUGUUGCAGAACAAGGAGGCUGCUGAGACAAUGUUCAAUAUUUUUUAUUUAAAUAGCGCUUUCUAGGGUAGUUGUGAGGCAUGUAGCAGAACACUUCCAGUACUGUAGGAAUGUAUGAGACGCCGCCGUUUUCUCAGGCACAUUUCCGUCACAGAAGCUAGAAUAAAAGAAUACAUUUUCUCUUCAGAGAUUAAUAAAGUAUUUAUCUAUCUUAUCUAUCUAAAAUGUUGAACCUUAUCAAGCAUAGAUGAGAAUCCUACAGCUUUUUUUUAAAUCUGUGUUGCUGACCUUUGACCCUGGUUUCUAACUAUGCAAAUCCUGCUGGCUAGCUUUGCUUUUAGGUGCUUGUCCCAUUUAAUAUGACAAAUGUUUGCACAGAUUUUGUUGUUUCUUUUAUACUUAAAAUUAAAUUAAGAUUUUAUUUUUGCUUUCGGACCUUGUCAAGUCCGGAUUAUUGAAAUGAAAAGCAGGUAGAGUAGGUGAAAAUCCAAACUCACCCUGGUCAUCAGGUCCAAGUUCAAAGUGAAACAUCAUUCAAACUUCAAACGUGAAAUUCUGUGUUUUGAUUUUGAACGGCCACAUGUCAUGUAACAAAGUAGCAUUCAAACAAAUAAAUGACGACUUGGCAUGUUUUA